GGCGGCAGCUCCUCAGGAGGUAAGGUGACCUCACAUAGUUUCACUCUCUCCAGGGUUCUGUAUGUGUGUGUGUGUGUGUCCACUUUCUAAAUGAGAACAUUCUGCAUGUCCCCAUUUAGCAAAAAGGUACUUCAGGUUCAAGAUUAAGGUUAAAGUUAGGAUUAGAAUUAGGAUAAUGGUUAAGGUAAGGGGCUGGAAACUGUGCUAUGUCUAUGUGAAAAGUGUGUGUGUGUGUGUGUGUUCCACAGUGAAAGAUGAGACUGGAGCAGAGGAAGGAGGCGGAGUGGGGAGAGAAACUUGGAACAAGUUUUCUUGUAAAAGGCUGAACAGAAAAGAAAGUGUGAGAGGAGUGAGGAGGCCAAAGAGGAGGUCCUGGUCCUGUGUCGGAGCCGCAUUUUAAAGGGAACGACAGCAGAGCCAGUAACAAACCUGUGACAAACGUUUAUCUUUGGGAAACCUGGACCGUCGUCGUCCAGAAAUCGGAUGAAUUUUGGUUACCACCAAACAAACAAACAACAAACUCAUUUUGAGCGGUCUAUUCAGAGCAAAAUGGAAAGGCUAACUGCUGUUGCAGUGCGUGGCGCUGAAUGUCUUCUGCCAUGGCGAAGCGGGAGGCUGGGAGCACCAGCCCGGUGGUCCGGCAGAUAGACAAACAGUUCCUGGUCUGCAGCAUCUGUCUGGAUCAUUACAGAAACCCCAAAGUCCUGCCCUGCCUGCACACCUUCUGUGAAAGUUGUCUGCAGAACUACAUCCCUCCAGAGUCUCUGACUCUGUCCUGUCCUGUUUGUCGGCAGACGUCCAUCCUGCCGGAGAAAGGAGUUGGUGCUCUUCAGAACAACUUCUUCAUCACCAACCUGAUGGAGGUCCUUCAGAGAGACCCAGAGUGUUCCAGACCCGAAGCCUGCAGUGUCCUGGAGUCGGUCAGUGCUGCAGCUGCGGGGAAACCUCUCUGCUGCCCCAACCACGAGGGCAAGGUGAUGGAGUUCUACUGCGAAUCCUGUGAAACAGCCAUGUGCCUCGACUGCACGGAGGGAGAACACAGGGAGCACGUGACUGUCCCCCUGAGGAACGUUGUGGAACAGCACAAAGCCGCUCUGAAAACACAGCUGGAUGCCAUACACAGCAGACUCCCACAGCUCACAAUAGCAAUCGAGCUGGUGAGCGAAAUUUCCCGUCAGCUGAACGACAGGAAGAACGAGGCAGUGACGGAGAUCAACAGCACCUUCGAAGAGCUGGAGCGUGCGCUGCACCAGCGCAGGACGGCGCUCAUCACUGACCUGGAGAACAUCUGCUGCACCAAGCAGAAGGUUCUUCAGGCUCAGCUCUCGUCUCUGCUGCAGGGGAAGGAAAACAUCCAGAGCAGCUGCAGCUUCACAGAGCAGGCUCUCAGCCACGGCACGGCCACCGAGGUGCUGCUGGUCCAGAAGCAGAUGAGCGAGCGAGUGACAGCACUGGCCCGGCACGACUUUCCAGAGAGACCGCAACAGAACGCUCACCUGGACUGUCAGGUGGAGACUGAAGGUCUGCGUCGCUCCAUCCAGAACCUGGGUGUUCUCCUCACCACAGCAGCGGUCGCUCACACCACUGUGGCCACAGGAGAAGGUCUACGACACGCAGCCACCGGGCAGCAACAGACGGUCACCGUGACAACCAAAGACAAGGACGGAGAGCUGGUCCGAACAGGAAACGCUUUUCUAAAAGCCGAGAUAACGUCCGCCGACGGCAGCAGAGCUGCGGAGGCGGAGAUAACGGACAACAAGAACGGGACCUACGAGGUGGGCUACAUGGUUCGCUCAGAGGGGGAGUACUGCUUCUCCCUGACCCUCUACGACCAGCCCAUACGCGGCAGCCCCUUCAGGCUGCGGGCGGUGAAGCCCUCCGACGUUCCUCAGUCUCCAGACGACGUGAAGAGGAGGGUGAAGUCGCCCAGUGGGACGGGGGGGCACAUACGACAGAAGGCGGUCAGACGACCCUCCAGCAUGUACAGCACCACCAAGAAGAAGGAGAACCCCAUCGAAGAUGAGCUCAUCUACAGAGUGGGGUCCCGGGGCAGAGAGAAGGGAGAGUUCACCAACCUGCAGGGAAUCUCAGCUUCAAGUAACGGCAGAGUGGUGGUGGCUGACAGCAACAACCAGUGUAUACAGGUCUUCUCUAACGACGGCCAGUUUAAAAUGCGCUUCGGGGUCAGGGGUCGUUCACCGGGGCAGCUGCAGAGGCCGACGGGGGUCACCGUCGACAUGAACGGUGACAUCGUGGUAGCUGACUAUGACAAUCGAUGGGUCAGCAUCUUCACCUGUGACGGAAAGUUCAAGAAUAAGAUCGGUUCUGGUCGACUCAUGGGUCCCAAAGGCGUGGCCGUGGACAAGAACGGUCACAUCAUCACCGUGGACAACAAGGCCUGUUGUGUCUUCAUCUUUCAGUCCAAUGGCAAACUGGUGACGAAGUUCGGGGGCAGGGGGACGUCAGAGAGACAGUUCGCAGACAAACCUGGUCUAAACUGUAACAAAUCUGCCUCAGUCUUCAGUCCGCACUUUGUGGCUGUGAACAACAAGAACGAAAUCAUUGUGACGGAUUUUCACAAUCACUCUGUCAAAGUGUAUAGUGCCGAUGGAGAGUUCCUGUUUAAGUUUGGUUCCCAUGGCGAAGGAAACGGUCAGUUCAACGCUCCUACAGGUGUCGCUGUUGAUGCCAAUGGAAACAUCAUUGUUGCCAAU